ACACACGUAUAUAUAUAUAGCUGGAUCCCUACUGGUCCAAACUAAAACAAAUAAAUAAGUUAGUUGCUCAUGACUAUCGAAACAAUUAUAUAGAUAUGGUUGUUUCUACUAUGAAACUGUGGUUAUGUGGUGGUUGUUUGUUCCUCCGUUGCAUAAUAUUGUUAGGUGUGUUAUGCAAAACAAAGGGAUUAGUGAAACUGCCACCGAAUGUAACGGUUCCGGCAGUGUUUGUGUUUGGAGAUUCCAUCGUGGACACAGGAAAUAACAACGAUAACAAGCUAACGCCGGCAAAAUGCAACUACCCGCCGUAUGGCAAAGAUUUCAAGGGAAGCAUACCGACUGGCCGCUUCAGCAAUGGCAAGGUUCCGUCAGACCUUAUUGUUGAAGAUUUAGGUAUUAAAGAGUAUCUACCAGCAUACUUGGAUCCAAAUCUCCAAUCUAGUGAUUUGCUUACUGGAGUGAAUUUUGCAUCUGGUGGUGCUGGAUAUGACCCUCUCACUUCACUAUCAGCGGCUGCUAUAUCUUUAUCGGGACAAGUAGAUUUGUUCAAAGAAUGCAUAGGGAAGUUGAAAGGAGAGGUUGGAGAGGAGAGAAGCAAUUUCAUCCUAAACAACAGUUUCUAUAUUGUGGUGUUUGGAAGCAAUGACAUCUCCAACACCUACUUCUUGACUCGCGUUAGACAGUUACAAUAUGACCUUCCUACUUACACUGACAUUCUCCUCAAAUCAGCUUCUAAUUUCUUGAAGGAAUUAUACCAACUUGGUGCAAGGAGAAUUGCAGUAUUCGGUAUUCCACCCCUUGGAUGUAUACCAUUUCAGAGGACGGCAGCUGGUGGAAUAGAAAGAAAUUGUGCAGAACAAAUAAAUGAUGCUGCAAAGUUCUUUAAUGCCAAACUCUCAAACAAGCUUGAUUCCUUUAAUCAACAAUUUCCAGAUGCCAGGACUGUUUACAUUGAUGUUUACACCCCUCUUCUCGAUAUCAUUCUAAACUACCAAAAAUAUGGUUAUAAAGUGGCAAACAAAGGUUGCUGUGGAACAGGGAUAAUAGAGGUAGUGGAAUUAUGCAAUCGAUUUGUUCCAACGUGUCCCAAUGAUUUGGAGUAUGUCUUUUGGGAUAGCUUUCACCCUACCGAGGUCGUUUACAAAAGCCUCAUUUCUCCUAUUGUUUCUAAAUAUCUCCCCAAAUUCUUGUGACAUUAUUAAUUCUUUUUUCAUUAUUCCCAAUAAACCCACGCACCAAAGGUGCAUCACCCAUGUAUCUUCUGUUUCAUUUAUACCUAUAUCAAAAUACAUUAUAAUUAACUCUGUUGUAUGUGUUCAUCGUUCUUUAUGUAAUUAUCCCUUUUAAUUUUU